GAGUUCUGACAGCCUGAAGUUGACGGUGUGAGCUCGCGCUACCAACACUGACUGACCGGAAACAGAUGUUGAUGUUUACUCCGUGUGAUGACGUCAUCACGACCUCUCUGACAUAACCCGACCGGAACCCGAACGGGGACCUCCAGCCUUGGAGAACCAGCGGUCACAGCAGCAGCGUCUGCCCGGCGGGAACGCCUCUCCGCGGGGCACUGCUGAGGCAGAGCCCGGAGCUCAGGAGCCGCGAAUCUCCACGCCGGCCCCCUCCUCCUCCUCCUCCUCCUCCUCCUCCCUCUCCUCCAGGGAGAUGGCAGCGGCCAAAGCAGAGCUGUUCCUGUCCGCCCUGCAGAUCUCCGACCCUUUAGCCGGCCUCCAGCAGCCUCUGGUCGGCUUCCAGCAGCCUCUGUCCCCGCUAGAGAAGCUGGAGGAGCUGCGGCUGCUGCUGCAGAACGCCGCGGCGGGAGGAUCGCUGCUGGCCGGCUCUGUUGCAGAGGGAGCCGGGCUGCUGAGCGGAGAGCCCGGGGAGUAUGGAGACUCUCUGUCGGACAUUUUGGACCUUCAGUCUCUCCCCCCUCUUACCCCUCGCCUCACCCCUCUGGCUUAUAGUGGACGCUUUUCCUUUGAGCCAUCGACCUCCAGCAGCGGUGGCAGUGGUCUGUGGGCGGAGCCUCUUCUCAGUCUGUUCUCAGGGUUGGUGAACAUGGCGGCUCCUCCCGCUCCUUCCUGCAACCUGAGCUCCUCCUCUUCAUCCUUAGUGACAUCAUCAGUGACAUCAUCACCAUCCUCUCUGUCCCAGCAGAGCUUCAGCGGCAGUGGCGGUGAUGUUGCCUCCAUUUUCUCCACCACACAAACCUACACCACCGCCGCCAGCUCCGACCUCCUCCCUCCUGCUGAGUCUCAGCCCACCCCGCCGUCCUUCCAGCCACAGGGCCCCCCGCCCGCCUACCCAUCCUCCUCCUCCCGGCCCAGCAUCGCCCCGCCCCCCUCUGCAGUCCCAAUGAUCCCUGACUACCUGCUGCCUCAGGCGCCACAGGAUGGCGAGCUCACGGUGGACCAGAAACCAAUCCUGAUGCAGAAUCAGCCCCCUCUUACGCCUCUCUCCACCAUCAAAGCCUUUUCUUCCCAGAUCCAGCCUCAAAACCCUGCCCACCAGGACCAGACUAUCAAAUCCAACCAGAACAGAAAGUGUACCACAGGCCGGCAGUGCAAGACGCCGCCACACGAGCGUCCAUAUGCCUGCCCGGCUGAUGGUUGUGACCGCCGCUUCUCACGCUCUGAUGAGCUGACUCGUCACGUGCGUGUGCACACAGGUCAGAAACCGUUCCAGUGUCGGAUCUGCAUGCGCAGCUUCAGCCGCAGCGACCACCUGACCACGCACAUCCGCACGCACACUGGCGAGAAGCCCUUUGCUUGCACUGAGUGUGGACGCAAGUUUGCCCGCAGCGAUGAGCGCAAGCGACACGCUAAGAUCCACCAGAGACAACGAGAACGCAAAACCUGCUCCUCCCCCAGCACCUCCUCGCCCUGCUCUUCAUACUCCUCCCCUGCCCACAGCUCCGCCUCCCCCGCUGGCCUUCUCCUCCCCCUUCCAUCCUCCUCCCCUUCCGCUGCCCCGCGCUUCCCCCUGGGCUUCAGCUCCUCCUCCUCACAUGACACCACACAAGAAAAUAUGAUACGAUGAGACACGAUGGGGUGUAAAACGCCAUCGUACAACAGGAAUUACUGCAGAAUGCCAUGAUACAACAAGAAACGCCAUAACACGCCAUAAUGCAACAGGGCAUACUACAACAUGGCAUGAAACAACACAGCAUGAAACACGAAAUGACACGACAUGAAACAAUUCAUCGUGCAACAACAUGGCAUUAAACAUGGCAUGGAACAACAUGGUAUCAAACAUGACAUGAGACAACACAAGAUGAAACAUGACAUUAAAAGGUUUAUUGUGCAACAACACGGCAUGAAACACAACAUGAGACAACACGACAUGAGACAACACAACACGAAACACGGCAAGAAACAAUUUAUUGUGCAACAACACAGUAUGAAACACAACAUGUAACAGAACAUGCGACAACAUGACAUGAAACGGGUCGUGAAACACGACUUGAAACAACAAGACAUGAAACCUGACAUAAAAACCUGCCAUGAAACACAACAUUAAACAACACGACAUGAAACAGAACAGGAAACAACAAAAAAUGAAACCUGACUUGAAACAUGACAUGAAACAUGACUUGAAACGACACGACAUGAAACACGACAUGAAACAACAAGACAUGAAACAUGACAGGAAACAUGACAUGAAAAAACGAGACAUGAAACCUGACAUGAAACAACUCGACAUUAAACAUGGCAUGGAACAACAUGGCAUGAAACACACCUAAGGAUAUAUGAACAAAAAUAUCCUGAUAUAACAGUAUAUGAGACAAACAUGAAACGAAGCGUUACCUUUUCAGGUGUACUCCUCUUGCUCCUCCCUGCUGUCUUAGCUCCUGCCCCACAGUUCUAACAUGCUGAUGGAAGUAACCUUUGACCAGACUCUAUGAACUCAAAGGUCAGCUGAGGUGAGGAGGAGCAACACUUCCUGUUGUAUAAUGGCCAUUGCUGAAGCUCAUCAGCCUCCACCAUAGCUCUGACAGACUUCCUGUUGAAUUCUGGACGUUUUUCAGCCUCUGUAGCUCCACUUAUGGAGGAGAAUAAAAGACUUAAGGGCCAAUCCUGGCAUUAAAAAGUCUGAACAUUGAAGCUCUGGUUUCACUGAUCCAUGAGUGUUAGUAGGAGCACUUUUGUAAGCAUCAUGUGUAGAUACAGUAGAUGGAGAAGUGUAUGCUGUGUUUUACCUACUGUGUAGGUCUCUGUGUACGUUUACAUGCAGCUCAGAGUUCUGAUGUUAUUUUCUGAGCUUCAAGAAUAAAAAAUGGACAUCCUGUUCAGGCUUUUAUUUCAAAAUGAAUGUGCUGAAAUUUCAAGAUUUGUUUUCAUCAUCCAGCAGAGACUUCUUAAUUCUGUAUGGAGUCAUUGCUGUAACAAAACUCAAGAGCACAUUUUGAUGGUUGCGAUUCAAACCUGUCUUUGUGCCCUAAAUGUCUGCU